GCUGUGCGGUGCGGUCUUGGCACGUGCCGUCCCAGCUUCCAACUCCCUCAAACCAAGGGCAGCGCAGGACGAAAGGAAGAAAUCGAGAUCUGCUCACUCUUUUCCUCGCCACGCAGCACGCGAACGCUCAACGCCUCUCCGCGGUUCGCCUGGCAACCAUCCCGCCGUCAACAAUUUUUGCUUCGAACGCGCCCUCUGCCGAGUCGCUUUUCCACGCUGGCAGCGGCCCAUCGCUAUUUUCGCACCUUGACGAGAAAACAAGGGCUCCGUGUGUAUGUGAAGCGCCGCCAUGACGUCUCGAAAAACACAGCAAGAGAUCGAAAAAACCUUCAAAAAGGUCACGGAGGGGAUCCAGACCUUUGAGGGCAUCUACGAGAAGAUCAAGACGACGACAAAUCUCGCGCAGCGGGAUAAGCUGGAGGAUAAUCUGAAGCGAGAAAUCAAGAAGCUGCAACGCUUUCGAGAUCAGAUCAAGUCGUGGGCAUCAGGCAAUGAGGUCAAGGACAAGACGCCGCUGCUGGAGCAGCGCAAAGCAAUCGAAACCUGUAUGGAGCAGUUCAAGGCGGUCGAGAAGGAGAUGAAGACCAAGGCAUACUCGAAGGAAGGGCUAUCGGCCGCGUCGCGAUUAGAUCCCAAGGAGAAGGAGAAGGUGGAAUCGUGCGACUUCCUGUCCUCAUGCGUCGACGAGCUUCAACAAAAGAUUGAGGCGAUGGAGGCCGAGGAGGAGACGCUACAUAUGCAGAUGAAGAAGAACAAGAAGGACGUGUCCAAGACCAACCGCCUGGCCGAUCUUACGCGGAUACUGGAACGACAUAAGUGGCAUGUCACCAAGCUCGAACUGCUACUUCGCUCCGUACAGAAUGGCAACAUCGACACGAAACAGGUAAUGGAUGUCAAGGAGAGCAUCAAGUACUACGUGGAAGAUGGGCAUAACGUGGACUACUCAGGAGAGGACGAGACCCUGUACGACGACCUGAACCUGGGUGAUGAUGCCGAAGUCCAGUUUGGCAUGGCCAACGAGAAUGACCGGGUCUCCUCGCAAGACACCCAGUCGGUUCAGGAAGAGGAGCCUGAGCCCAAGGCCAAACCUCCCAAGCCGGAAGCGUCAGGGCCUCGAAGACCGUCUACGCAAAUGAAGUCGCCCCUGCCCGUCCUAGCGACACUGCACCCGUCGGGCCCGUCAGUGACCGCAACGAGUAUGAAACCCGCUCCGUUACCAACCCGUCUACCAGGCGAAACGCUCAAGUACGCAUCUGCCGCCGCCGCUGCUGCUGCGAGUGACAAGAACGGCGUGGGCAUUGCUCCCCUACCUCCACCGCCGGGCGCAAGCCCUGCGUUCCACCCUGCAGUCCCGUCAUCCAAGGCUUCGUCGACCGCGUCGCCUAUCGUCCCCACCGUGCAACCGGUAUCGAAACCGGCGGCCACGGUCAUUGCAGAAGAGGUGGGUCUCCAAGGACGGACCAAGUCACCAGCUCUCAGUCCUAGCGUUCGUGCCGCGAGUACGUCGAGCCCUGUCCCGCCGGCUGCGGCCGUGGACAAGGCUGAGGCUGAGGCUGUACCGACAUCACCGAAGGCUGAGCAGCCGCCAACAACAAACGGUGAAGCUUCUGCCAAGGAGGCCGACGAGUCGAUAUACCAUUUACCGCCGGGUCUGCAAGAUUUGAUCCAUUCGUUCGAAGUUACUAAGACCAGGGCCUCAUCGACACCUUCGCCAUCGGUGCAACGACUUCUCGCCGCAUCUCUCACGACGUGCCCUGAGCCGAGCGAUGCGGAGAAGCCACGCCACUACAAGCCUCAGAAUCCUUACAACACUCCUCUCUACUACCCCCAAGAACCCCUGUCGAUAUUCGACGACCCACGACUAUACGAUACCGGGCGCAUAGAUACCGAUACCCUCUUCUAUCUGUUCUACUACCGCCAAGGCUCGUAUCAGCAAUACCUCUCUGCCAAAGCGCUUAAAAACCAAAGUUGGCGGUUCCACAAGCAGUACCAAACAUGGUUCCAGCGCCAUGAAGAGCCCAAGACGAUCACCGAGGAAUUCGAACAAGGCACCUACCGCUUUUUUGACUACGAGAGCACAUGGAUGAACCGACGCAAGGCGGAUUUCAAGUUUAUCUACAAGUAUCUUGAAGAUGAAUUAUAAUACAAUCCUGACGGCUGUUUGUUCUCCAAUGCUCUCCGUCCGACAUUCUGGUUCGUCUUGGGGAUCGGUAUGGAAUGGUCCUGGUGGCGCAACAGAUUCUUCGUCCUUGUCUUGCACAUACAUUCUAGUCUCUCGACUUGGCUGGGCUCUACGGCGUCAUGAAACUUACUGGGAGGACAAAUCCGCUGGCUUUGUAGUCACACUUCUGGGUUUGUUUGCAAUUUUUUUUUUCAACUUUUUUUUCUCUUUUUCUUU